AAAGACUAGAGAGUCAGUCAUUUCUCUUUCACUGAAAGCUGCUGCUACUGGUAGGGGACACUCCCCCCUUCUUACUUUACCAGUUUUUUCUUAAUUUUUUUUUUGCUCAAUUUUAUUAUAUUAUUCCAGAGAUUUGAUGUUAAUUUUUGUUUAAUUUUUUUAAUUCUCUGAAACUCUCCAACUUUACGUGUCUCUCUCCAUCCCCCGAGAGCCCUUUGAUCCAUGUCCUUCUUCUCCAAAAGCCCUAAAUAAUUUUCUAGGGUUUCAGUAAAAGAGGUGCUUUAUCUUCAAGGUACUCAACAUUCUGCAGAUUCUGCAAAAAGGUUUGGACUUUUUGGAAAUUGGGGUUUUGUUUGUUUUGAAUUUGUGGGUAUUGUUGUCAUUGAGAGUCUGCAUUCUAUAUUAAAGAACUGGCAUUUUUGAAGAUUUUAUGUGCUGAAUUUGAACCUACUCUGGUGAAAGAUUGAAGAUUUUCAAGAUUUCUAGGGUUUGGGUUUCUGAAAUUGCGGGUUUUUGCUUCUGGCAAAAUGUAUGUUUUUGGUGGGUUUGUGAAGGGGUGCUUGUUGGAUUAUAUAUAUAUAUAUAUUGGAUGAGUUGAUUUCUGGGUUUUUGUUUUGAGUAUUUAUAUUUUGAAGUUUUGAACUUUUUGUAUAUGGGUUUUGGUGAUGAGGAUUGUAUUGUAAAAAUGCAAGAUUUCUGAGGGUGUGAGCAUUGGUUCGAAAGGAGGGGAUUGUUGGGGGUGGUUUUGGUGCAUAAUGGGUUGCAUUUUCUGUAAGCCUUCUGCAAUUGAGGAUAGCAAGGAGAGCCCCAGAGAGAGAUUGUCAAACAUGGGGGCAUCAGACUCGCGGACGACAUGGGUUGCUUCAUCCAGGAGGGAGGAAUCUUAUCGAGCGAAAGAUCGAUAUGAUGGCAAUGAUGGGAGAGCAAUGUUGAUUGAUAAGCAAGUGAAUGGGCCUGUUCGAUUGAACGGGGAGAAUUUUGAAAGGAAGAGGGAAAAGAUGGAAUAUGUUGUUGCUCAACAUCCUGGGAUUGGUAUCAUUCCGAAAGCUGCAGAAGGGGAACAGGUUGCAGCAGGGUGGCCCUCCUGGCUAGCUGCAGUGGCUGGAGAGGCCAUCAAAGGAUGGGUGCCGCGACGUGCAGAUUCAUUUGAGAAGCUAGAUAAAAUUGGUCAGGGUACUUACAGUAAUGUUUAUAGGGCCCGUGAUCUUGAUCAAAAGAAAAUUGUUGCUUUGAAGAAAGUGAGGUUUGAUAACCUAGAGCCUGAGAGUGUUCGCUUUAUGGCAAGGGAAAUUCACAUUUUACGAAGGCUUGAUCAUCCAAAUGUGAUAAAACUAGAAGGUCUAGUUACUUCAAGGAUGUCUUGCAGCUUGUACCUUGUUUUUGAGUACAUGGAGCAUGAUUUGGCAGGGCUUGCUUCACACCCUGGUCUGAAGUUUACAGAAGCACAGGUUAAAUGUUACAUGCAGCAACUGUUAUGUGGACUUGAUCAUUGUCAUAGUCGUGGUGUUCUGCAUCGUGACAUUAAAGGUUCCAACCUUUUAAUUGACAACAAUGGCAUGCUGAAAAUCGCUGACUUUGGUCUGGCAAGUUCUUUUGAUCCUUGUCAAAAUCAGCCUCUGACAAGUCGUGUUGUAACUCUAUGGUAUCGUCCACCUGAGCUUUUGCUUGGUGCUACUUACUAUGGGACGGCUGUGGAUUUGUGGAGUACAGGUUGCAUAGUUGCUGAACUGUAUUCUGGAAAGCCUAUUAUGCCUGGAAGAACCGAGGUGGAGCAGUUGCAUAAGAUUUUCAAGCUUUGUGGCUCACCUUCUGAAGAGUAUUGGAGAAAAUCAAAGUUGCCUCAUGCAACCAUAUUCAAGCCUCAACAGCCUUAUAGACGCUGUGUUGCAGAAACUUUUAAGGACUUCCCUGCACCAGCUUUAGCACUUAUGGAGACCCUUCUUUCUAUAGACCCUGCAGAUCGUGGAUCUGCAGCUUCUGCUCUCAAGAGCGAGUUCUUUACAACUAAACCUCUUCCUUGUGAUCCGUCAAGUUUGCCAAAGUAUCCUCCAAGCAAAGAGUUUGAUGCUAAAGUGCGUGAUGAGGAAGCUAGAAGACAAGGAGCAGCAGGGAAGGGCCAAAGGCUUGACCACGAAAGGAGAGGAACAAGAGAGUCUCGAGCCGUACCAGCACCUGAUGCCAAUGCCGAAUUAGUCAUGUCAAUGAAGAAAAGACAAGACAGUUCCAAGAGCCGGAGUGAGAAGUUUAACCCUCAUCCAGAAGAAGUUGCUUCUGGCUUUCCAAUUGAUCCACCUAGGCCAUCACAAGCCGUAGAUGCGAGUGUAGCACAUCAUGGACAUAAUCAUAAUCGAGCUUCUCAUUCAGGGCCAUUGGCUCACCGGGCUGCAUGGGCCAAGUCUACUAAGAACCCAGAUGAUGCUCCAAAGGUUUCAACUGGGGUUGACUUGUCAGCAAUGUCAGGUUUAGUGGCAGCAAGGAGGAGUAUGUUAUCUGAGGAACGCAGAAAAAGGUCUAGUUCUUCGCAAAUGGAAGUUCCAAAAGCAAUAGGCAGGUUUCCAGGCUCCUUCAAGGAGGCAUCAGAUCCCUUACAACACGAUCAAAAGCAGGCCAAUGCAGGUUCUUGUCAAAAAGAAGAUAUUAGAAGCAACAAAGAUCCAAUUAUUGUUGGUUACGGAUCUACGGGUCACAAAAUGCACUACUCAGGUCCCUUGCUAGUACCCUCUGGCAACACGGAUCAGAUGCUGAAGGACCACGAUCUCCAGGUCCAAGAAGCUGUUAGACGAGCACGCCUAGACAAGGCAAAGGUCAGAAAAUUCCACGCUGAGGCGAACCAAAUAUCCACCAAUUCAUUAUUUGUUUCUGGUCGUUGAGCUGGCAUAAGUAGAACUGAAAGCAGUGCAUCACCAGCAGAUAAAACUGCUGGUUUUGUCUUGUGAAAUAUGAGUCAUACAAUGGUGGGGGUGCUUUUCUUUUUCUGUAUAGGAGGGGCACCCGUGGAAGAAUAGCCGGUGCCCAUUUUUAACUAAGUUUAUAGCUUAGAACACACGCUCGCUUACUCUCUCACCUGUAUCGUAAUCAUUGUCACCCCCUUGCUACUGAAAAACAUGGCCCAUUCAUGCAGAGCUUGUUAUAAGCCAUAAGCUGUAGAGUAUGUGGGAAAAUGAAAAUUGUGUUUUGUGAUGUAAAAGCGUAAUUUUCCAUUGUACUGUUAAAACACCUUUCCCUUUAUUUGUUUACAUUUUUGAAGAAAAAAAAGGAGGGGAAAGGAUGACUCUGUUUGCUCUUUUGAGUUCGGAUUUCUCACUUCCACAUGUAAUUAUGAUUACUCCCAUUUCGUACGGCUUGACUGGAGUGCUAUAUGCAUCAAUAACAGUUGCUGCAGAAUUUCCUA